AUGCAGCGCAACGCAGACAAGCUGAUCAGCGAUCACGCCUGGCUGUGGUUUGCGAGAGCCAGAGGCAGAGGAGAAGAAAAGCUGCGCGCGGUGGGAAGCGGUAGACCAGCGUGCACGGCUGCAGAAACGCCACCCGAGCUAAGCCAAGGUGUUGAGCGCCCCAGCAAGGCAAAGCGUGCCGGGCUGCGGCUGGCUGCUCUUGGCCUGCAGCAGCUGACCGGCCAAUGGCGCGCACAUGCAAGGCGACAAAUCAAUCUCUUGUGGCUUCGAGCCAGCUGGCCGUCGCGCUGCGGUACACCAGCCUGGGUAGAUCCUAGCUCGCGACUCGCCGUCUCAGCAGCUCCUCGGGGUGCCUUCAUUAUCGCACACUGCACGCGCCUCGUUCGACCGCAUACGCCCCGUGCCCUGCUUGCCUCCAGCCGCGUUCAUCGUAUCGACCGCCUUCAUUCGUCGGUCAUCUCGCCUCGACCAUCCAUCCCGCGUCUCUCUGCAUCGAAAGGUGCUCCGGCCAGCAUCUCGUGUGUAUCACCUUCGUCCGAGCCUCCGUCUGCAAGCCUGCGUCCCUUUUCGCCUCGUCCUCGUCCUCAGCCGCCGCUAGCAUCAGCCGUACCUCCUUCCGCGCUCGUAUCGACAAACGAUGCCAUUCGCCCCUGCAACUUGAUCUACAGCGUCUCCCGUCUUUUGAGAUCAUCGCGCAAACAGAUUCCAUCACCAACGGCCCCCCUCUGCUUGAUCUUGCAUCGCUCGCUGGUCCCCACCUGA